AUGAAUGGCGAAAUAAGACAAAUUUUACUAAUUCUAUUCAUUUGUGCUCAGAUUGUAGUGUUAACAAAACAACAUACACCGAGUAAGAAUAUAAAAACUGGAAAUAAAAUUAUAAAAAAUACUGAAAAUACUCUUGAACCGGGGAGGUUUUCACAACUCCAAGGAUAUGGAACAGUCGAGGAUGUUGAGCCGCAGCCAAAAAUAAGAAUAUAUGUGUACAAUCCACCAAACUCGUUUAAUCCUACAAACGAAAUGUUCAGUGAAAGAACGUUGAGGGAAAUGGAGAAUGAAAGAUUCAAGGAACAAUCGAAUAAAGCGGAGAACGAAUUUGAAAGUAUUAAGGAAUCCCAGAAGAGACAGCUAGCGAGGAUAAUGGAUGCAGUCGAGAGAUAUUCUAACGAGAUUUAA